CAGACUCACACUAACGCCGCCCUUUUGAGAGACGCCAGUAUCAGCAUCGAGCCUCCCUCAUGGCGUGUUAAGUAUUCCGCCGCGCAGGCCUUACAGGUGGUUUCUCCUCUCGGGACGCGGAUAACUCCGGCUCUCCUUCCGCGUGGUGACCGACAGCUGAACUCCAGCAACGCGCGGCCUCAUUUUAAUAACUUUAUACGGAAAGUGUUUUAUUUUUUAAAGCACAAGGAGGUUGUGAACACAACCUGGCAGGCAAGCUGCCGGGGAGACAAAAGCCCCGUUGAACCCGAACCGCAUUCGAGACCGCGCUGCAGGGGGUCGGGCUCUGCGCGCGCGGUGCUGGAGCCCGAGCGACAUCCGUCACGUUUCACGGCUGUUAGUCACCGACGUUAGCCGGUGAGGCGAGGCGGCUUCACGGGGCUCACGAGACGCGCUGCUCGUCGGGUGUUCAACGCGCCGCCAUGUUGGCCCCGUCCCCCCGGCGUGGGUGCUUCCAGUCUGCAGCGGCCUCACGUCUCCCCUCGGGGCCGGACUAACCGCGGGGGUCCGGGGGUCGGGGGUCCGGGGGUCGGGGGGUGGUCCGUCCGAUGGAGCCGCCGCGUCGCUCGGCAUGCCAAAGAUGACGGGGCCGCCUGAGCCGGUUUCUGCGCUCAUGUCUGCAGGAGGAGGAACAUGGCAGCCGAGGAGGAGCGGAACAAAGACCCGAGUGCUCACGAGCUGCUGGAUACCAAGGUGCUCCGCAGGCACCACGGGAGGAUCGGUCUAGGGAGACCCCCGCACAGCCUGCUGAAGACCCGCAACGCGCCGCACACCCAGCCCACCGCCCGCCCGCUAUGCGCCGGUAGGUGGGGGGAACCAGCGGGACCUCGGCCUGCAGCAGCCUUCGGCUCCUGUCCAAACCUGAUGAUGAGUAGGAGCGAGCGGGCCGACGCCAGGCCCGCCCCCGUGGCCCUGACCCCCCAGCUGCCCCCCCGGGCCCACCGGCCGCUCUGCAUGUCGGUCUCCUCCGACAGCAGCGGCCGCUUCCGAGCUCUGGAGACGCAGGAGUGGAAGAACAACCUGAAGGCUCAGAUGGAGCAGGCCCACAGCGCCGGCGCCGCCAGCAGCACCGGGUCUCUGGAGCGGGCGUCCCUGUUCUGCGCCGCGGCGUCCAGCCCGGUGGAGAUCCUCAACAAGAGCAAGUCCUCCAGCCGCUUCUCGCUCUUCUCGCCGCCGUGGAACAGCAGCUCCGAGUCCGACUCCAACCCGCCGUCGCGCUCCGGCUCCAAGAAGCUGCGCAACUACAGCAGGAGAGCCGCCACGGGGCCGGCGGGCGCCAGGGCCCCCGACACGCCGGAGCCCAAACCCGCCGGCCACGAACACUUCCAGUACUCGGAGCCCGUCAUCUCCAAGGUCACGGACUACAUCUACGUGGGCAACCUGAACGCGGCGUACAACGGGCGCGCCCUGUGCCGCAACAACAUCGACAGCGUCAUCGACAUGAGCAGCGUGCCGGGGGAACCGGGCCCCAGCCUCAACCUCGUGCCGUGCACCUGCUCGCGCGGCGCCCGCCACAGCUGGUCCCGCCUCAAGGUGGACAUCGGGGACGUGCCGGACGCCCUGGGCGACGGCCCGGCCCUGAAGCAGCGCUGCUUCGAGGACAUCAACGAGUGCAUCGACGCCUCCGCCGGCAAGAGGAAGCGCGUCCUGGUGCACUGCCGGGACGGCUUCUCGCUGGCGCCCACCUGCAUCAUCCAGUACCUGAUGGUGAGGCAGAACAUGAGGCUGAUCGCCGCCUACGAGCUGCUGAGGGCCAGGUACCCCGUGAACAUCCGGGAGAACCACCAGAACGUGCUGGUGAGCCUGGAGAGGGCGCUGCGGCCCGGAGGCAACACCGACCCCGAGUGCUUCAAACAGGCCAUUUCACGCAAAGUGGCGUGGACUUGACUCCGCCCCCCCCCGUGGGAUUAGAUGCCCUCCUAAAGACAACCAGGCCAGCUGGACUCCCCCCCCCCCCCCCCCCCCCCCCCCCCGUCCACUGGUCACCUGAUAUUAUUGUCCCCACUUGAGUUCAGUGGUUGUAAAAGUUAUGAAUUGAUGUAUUUCCUCUCCAGAACCUGUAAAUGUGAGAUGGCUGUGCCCCCCAGGAGACUCUGUGCCCCCCCCAGGAGACUCUGUGCCCCCCCAGGAGGCUCUGUGCCCCCCCAGGAGACUCUGUGCCCCCCCCCAGGAGACUCUGUGCCCCCCCCAGGAGGCUCUGUGCCCCCCAGGAGGCGUCCCUGUAACAUGCAGCUUGGUGUUGGCCGUGUCGUUGCUGUCGUCUGCUUCAGUGCCGUCGUGGUGGUGUUUCAUGUCAACGGGGGAUCUCAGGACGUUAUUGAUGUCAUCGCAGCACAUGGUGGGACUCAUUCAGCUAGCACCGCAACCUGGUUCACACCUGGCACUGCAAUGCAUCUUGGGAAGUGUGCAGUGUUUGCCACUGUUCACCUUGACGGAGGCCGAAGUCCAUUUAAUAAUGAACCAAAACACUUUAAAACUUGUCGGCUCUCUUUAGAUUUAAUCAGAUUAUAUUGAACAAUCCAGACGUUUUAAUGACGUAUUAUGAGCUGGAAGUCAAACGCCUCUUGCCAAAAACUACAUUUUUGAAAGGAUACACUAGAAUACAUCAUGAUGGUUGUAUUAAUUACCUUUUAUUAAUUACCAUAUCCUCCAUUUUCACAGAGCGCAGCUUGAACUCCACUAACGUGGGCUCAGCUCGGCCCGAUCAGGACCGCCGCCAUGUUUGGUUUUCACCAUGUGGUGAGCGACGCCAUGUUGAGAGCCGUGAGGAGGCAAUGCCUCUCUUGAGCUUAGAAUUCACAGGUUGGAGCAGCAACAUGAGUCAAAGUAGGAUUUACGUUUCGUCUUCAAACGCAGUUCAUCUUCGCUCCGUCGGGUCAAAACAACAGCAACAAAAGUACCUUCUUGAGUUCGUAUGUUAAGUAGAAACAGAAGCCGGCGCCUCGGAGGCGGAUGUGAUGCCAGGUGUGAACGUGCUUUAUGACACAAGUGAAGUGAGAGUUUUUCCUUUUUUUAAAACUAUAUUUUGCUGGUAAAUAAAUAACUAAAUGGUUGUUUGGAUGUUCGAGCCAUCGUCGCCGUGGGAAAAGAAGUCGGUUCCCUGUUGGAGCGAAGCUGCGACUCAGAUAUUGAUAUUGAUUUGUCACUAUUGGAUCAAUCGGACUCUAUCCAGGAGAAGGCAGCUUUACGCUGUUUUAUUAUUAUUAUUAUUGUGAUUCUGGUUUCCCCUCCGAGGUCCUGCUUGGUGGAGGAGGCCCACCCGUCCUCUGUGAGGACCACGGUGGUGCUGUGACUGUGUGACCUUUGACCUGGUGGACGUCUCUGGAUUAUCAGUAUUAUUGUGCCACCAAACGGUCUCACACAUUUAUCACAACUCUGGAAAAUAUGUAAUCAAUCAGUCUGAUCAGCGAUCGUCUACUCGCCCUGCGCUCACUGGGGCUAAUGAUUAUUGAUUAUUGAUUACUUUUUAAUAAAUGAUGGCAGAAAAUAGUUUCAGGGGGCAUUCAAACGUCUCAUUUUAACCUUCCAAAAGUCCAAAAUAUUUAACUUAACAGUGAUUAUAAAAUAAGAAAUCAGCAAAUAUUCCUAUUGGAUAAUGUUUGGUAAUUAAUGCUUUGAUAAAUUACUUUAAUAUUAAUUGAUUAUUACAAUUUAUUUUGGAUCAGUUAAUAGUUUGAGCACCAACAUUCGGACAUUGCAGGUUUUCAUACUCACUAAAUAUAUAAUUACCGAGAGGACGACUUUUUUUAUUUUUCAGCCAAAAUUAUAAUCUGAAAACAGUCGUUUGAAUAUUUCAGGUUAUUUGGUUCACACGAGUUCUCUCCAUCCGUCCUACUUGUUGUUUGACCAGGUAGAGCAAUGUGAGUACGUUUUAAUGCGCACAAAUAUUCAGUCUUUUGCCCCAAAUUCCUGUUUACAUGGCUAAUAAAAAAAUAUUUUUCCGUUACAUGCAGCCGUGAAUACUCUGCUAACGUUGUUGGUGCGAUAUUUACGCAAAUCACAUGUUUUAUUGUUUAAAAGUAGGCGUACAGCCACUGGGACACAACCCCCGUGACAUGAAUAUUCUGAAAGCGCUGUUUACAAUAUAAUUCAUCCUAAAAACCUGAAUAAUAUCGGCAUAUCCCACGAUUGGAAUAAGGCCUAAUGUGGAACAAAAACGUAAUAUGCUUUGUGCGUUUGAAUUCAGAAUAUUCACCAUUCUGAGUAAUCGUUGAAUAUUUGUGUAAAUUGAGUCAAAUGGCAGCUUGUUUCUGGAUAUCAAGAGGAGGAUCCUAGUUUUCUCACUUGAGAUUAAAAUUAAAUGUUUCUUUACAAUUGGAAUGUUUGCCAUUUUAAUAAAUGAUUUUAAUACGAUGCAAAGUUGAGCUCCGAGAAGCCUGAAAAGGCUUCAGGUGGUUUUAGAUAAUUGUGCCGAUCCAAACCAAUCGGAUGCUUGAGGCUCUAAUCUGGUGCUAAUGGUCCAGUUAGCUAAGCUCAGUUAUAGUUCAUGUAAGGCUCCACAUCCGCAACCACAGGCCGCGUCCUGGUUGAGCUAACGGUUCCUUUAGCUGAACGUUUGGUUUAAACAGUUUGAUGAAUAAUUACCCUCUGAACUGUGAGACCUUCAUCAAAGCUAAACGUAUCGUUAGCAUGAAGCACGAACCAGACAGAUUAUGGCGCACUAAUGGAGGUUUUUCUAUCUUGGACUAUACUAGUUUAAAAGUACAAAUCAUCUGGUUUGUGGUCCAGUUAAAAUGUGGGUUCUAAUUACUUUCCAGUUUAUCAAAGAAACGUUAAAGCUGAAACUAUUUUAGUUAGCUCGUGAACGUUAGCUUCUGGUUGGCUAACGGAACAAUCGAGCAGAGACUGUGUUUAGUUGUAAAACUUAGCUAACGGUUGAAUCGAUGCUCUAAACGUUGACGCCGACCUUCGCAGCUAAAGUUGCUUCAACCGCGGAACGUAUACAACAGAUGUUGCCCUCUUGAUUGAUUUUUUAAAUGUAUAUUAAAAAUCGUUUCACUCACAAUUUGAGAACAGAAAGAUGCUCGUUGAGGAAAAACUUUGGCCUGUAAAGAUCAUAAAAAAACAUGUUUUGUCUGAAACGG